GUCGACAGCGCCCAUAGGCUGUAUCACUAUGAGUAAACAUCUCGCUGAAUUGGAAUAUAAAGCUCGUCUGGAUGCCGGGAAGCAUGUUGCUGAGCUAUUCCAGAAACCAGAGCAACUGGAGAAGCUUGAUCUGAUCCGGUCACGUUUUGUGAACCAAAAGAUGGCCACAGAAGCUCAGCUCAAGAUGACGCUCCAUAGUCAACUAGACGGUAGCAAGAUUGGGCUUGAAAAGCUGGAUGCGGCUAUGAAAGAAUCUCAAAGCUGUCGUAUCAGGCUGUUUGAACUAGCUUCGGCUUUAGAAAGCUUGGAAGGCUUACCCAACAGAUUGCUUGAGCUGAAAAACAUUUCACGGAAGUACUCACAGCUAGCUGCAGCUAUGGAAAACAUGACUUAUCUGGUAAAAGCUCCGGAGGCAAUGGAACAAGCUCAUGCCUAUGUGGAAGGAGAAAAUUUGCUUGAGGCUCAUAAGAUUUUACAAGAAUUGGAAGGGAUUCGUGAUGAGCUAAUGUCGGAGGUUCAUCCGGAACAUUCCAAGACGGAUCUCGAAACUCUGCGAGCCUAUUUCAGGGGUGUAGACGAGUUGAACCAACUGUUCGUAACAAAAAUCUCAAUGAUCGGAUCCAGGAUAACAAGCGCCGUUAUCACGCAACAUCGUUUUGUUGUGGACUGUAUCCGCGUUAUCGAUAGAGAAGAACGAGCUGAUGCCAUCUGGGAGAAACGUUCAGAGAAAACCCAGUUCAUACCACAUGGUCGGCCGAAGCAAUGGAAGAAACUGCUUUUGGACUCGAUUUCGAAAGCUAUUCGUGAUAAGGUUUUCGCCAGUGCUAUGGAUAGUGACAGUGACAAAAAUAAGCUAGUCAGACACAACGAGGCGAUUAGACAACAUGCGCUGGCCGACCUGAAGAUAGCCAAAAACAUUUGUCCAACAUACUUCCCACCGGAUUACAACAUUUUUGAUCGAUUUGUAGAGAUGUACCACAAUGCGAUUGGGGCCCACGUCGAAGCUAUGGUUAUGGAGGGCUUGACGGAUACUCAAAUUGUUCAGCUGUUAGGUUGGAUUAACUCAUAUCACACCGAAGAAUUCAUGAAGGAACCGGCCUUUGACAUUAAUUUUAGUCGUCUCACUCUGAAAUACCCCAUCAAUCUGCUUCCGGAAAACCAAUUGGAUGCAUUACGUGAACAAUAUAUAUCGAAGACGAUUGAGCGGCUGUGUUCGUGGCUGACAAAUUCACUCACGAAGGAUGCAAGUGACUGGCGUCGUCCUGUCGCUCCAGAAAUGGAUGGAUCGUCUUAUUAUUUCACAGGACUCCCCGUGCUUCUAAUGACCCCGCUGAAUGAAAUGAUUGGCAAAGGCAAUCUACUUAACUUUCUUGGCAGCUCUGUUCGAGAGCGAUUUCUUGUUAAGUGCGUGGACCAGAUGACCUACUUCGUCGGUGAAUAUGAUAACAAACUCAAGCAAUAUCACAUCGCCUAUCUGCAAGACAGGUCUAAAUUCCGAUUCUACAUCGAGUACAUUUUAGCCAAUGCGAACAAUGCUCUGGUGAUUGCCGAGAGUUUCAUGUCUGUUGUAAUGCAAGAACUGGCCGAAGAUGUGCAGUUGAAAGGGCGCUUGCAGUCUCAGUUGAAUCACUUGAAAAGUCAGUUUGGUAUUGUAACCGACCAUUGUCGACUUGCUGCUGAAGAGACCGUCCUCAUGGACAUAAUUAACGUGAUGAACAACGUAAUGACACCUCAGUGGCUGCGUCCCGAUGAUAUUACAGCCAACUGCUUUUCUGGUACCCUGGUGGAUUACGAUGAGACACUGCAUCACGUUCGUCCCUCGAUAUAUGAACAAUUGGUCAACCAUCUUGCUGAACGAGUUCUUAUUGAAUACAUAAAGGUACUUCUUACAAGGCGAUGCGUUUUUCGGUCGGAUGCGGAGCGGCAUCAAGCAGGAGAAAAGAUUCUACGUGACGGGGAAUCACUGAAGUGCUAUUUUCAUGACACGAUGAAAGUCAGUGAGGAGGUCUCCGUCGCCUACAGUGCUCUGGCUGCGAUAGCCCAAUUCUUUCUCACCACGGAUGCAUGUAUGCUCUCCCUGGACAUCGCUGAGAGUUCUCAUAACAAUCAAUUGAACCCUCUUUAUUGUUUCCAGAAUAUUGUCCGUGAAUUUCCUGAUGUGCGUGGGGAUCAGUUGUAUUGUAUGCUAAUGGCCCGAGGUGAUAUACGCCCCAAUAUUGCGAAAGA